AUGUAGAUGAUCCCUAGUUUCUUUUCAAUCUUUCAUAAAAAUUUCUUUAACAAAGAUUUAAUUCAAUAGGAUUUGCAAGCAUACCUUCAAUGGUGUCUCCUUCAUCAUCAUCCACUCAAAAGAGCUAUAUCUAUGAUGUAUUCAUGAGCUUUAGAGGUGAAGACACCCGAAAGAGUUUCGUUGAUCAUCUUUAUGUUGCUCUUGAAAGGCAAGGUAUUCGCACUUUCAAGGAUGAUGAGAGACUUGAGAAAGGAAAAAGGAUCAAUGACGAGCUCUUGAAGUCCAUUGAAGAGUCAAGAUUCUACAUCAUUGUAUUCUCUAAGAACUAUGCAUUUUCAUCUUGGUGCUUGGAUGAGCUUGUGAAGAUCAUGGAGUGCCAAACGGUGACUGAUCAGAUUGCUUAUCCUGUGUUCUAUGAUGUGGAUCCCUCUGAAGUCCGCAAACAACUUGGGCCUGUUGGAGAUGCUUUUGCCAGACAUAACAAUAAAGAGGAGGUCAGGACGUGGAGAGAAGCACUGAAAGACGCAGCAUGUCUAGCUGGGUGGGAUUUGAGGAACACUGCUGAUGGGCAUGAAGCUAAACUCAUCAACAAAAUUGUUGAAGGCAUUUCACUCGAAUUACGUCCCAUUAAUUUGAAAGUCGAUGACAACUUAAUAGGCAUGGAGAGCCGGAUAAAGGAUAUUGUUUCAUCUUUGGAAAUGGGUGUUGAAGAUGUUCGUAUGGUAGGUAUAUGUGGGAUUGGAGGUGGUGGAAAGACGGCUUUGGCAAGAGCAGUUUUUGACAAAAUAAGCUUUCAAUUUGAAGGGAAAUGCUUUGUUGAGAACAUCAGGGAAGUUACAAACGCAUCGUUCUCUGGUUUGCAAUUGUUGCAAGAAAGAGUACUUUCCAGUGUGUUAAAUGAUAGAAUUUUCAACGUUGGGAGUAUUCAUGAUGGGAAAAAAAUAAUGAAAAGGAUGUUGUGUGGUAAAAAGGUUAUUCUUGUUCUAGAUGACGUAGACCAUUUAGACCAGCUGGACGCAUUAGCUGGUGGGCUUGAUUGGUUUAAACCAGGAAGUAGAAUCAUCAUUACAACAAGAGAUGAGCAAGUGCUCGUAGCACAACGAGUGAAAUGGAUUCAUGAUGUGAGUCUGUUAUCAAAUGAAGAAGCAAUGUGCCUCUUUAGUAGUUGUCUGGAGGAUGAUUACAAGGAAAUAUUCCUAGAUGUUGCAUGCUUACUGAAAGGUUGGCUAAAAGAUGAUGCAAUUAGAGCACUUGAAAGUUGUGGAUUUCAUGCUAAGAAUGGAUUAAAAGUCCUUGAGCAAAAAUCUCUCAUAACUAUUUCGCCUAAUCAACGGUUAGGCAUGCAUGAUCAUAUAGAAGAAUUGGGGCAAAAUAUUGUUCGUCGUUCGCACCCUGAUGAGCCCAAGAGGCAUAGUCAAUUGUGGAUUCGAGAGGAGAUUGAAGAUGUAUUGGCUAAUGACUUGGUAAACGAAGAAACAAGGGCUAUAGCAACUAACGUUUCAAGCACAUUUUCAUGGCAUGGCGAGGAGGAUCUUGAUUCUAAAAUUCUUACAAAAGGUUUUCGAAACAUGAAGAAACUUAGAUUUCUUCACGUGGUUUAUGAGACUGAUAAUUUGUUUGAUGUUGGCCAAAACUUCCCAAAUGCGUUAAGAUUCUUGAGUUGGCGAGGUUACCCUCAUUGGUGUUUACCUAAAACAUUUCAUGCAAAUUCUUGAGUUGCCGCUAAAGGCGUCGACGCUAAAGGCCGUCGACCAUAAAACCCCUCUCUGCUCCAUUUCUCUGUGUUCUCCCUUCUUGCUCACCAUUGUCGUCGAACUCAUCGGAAUUUCACAAAGAACUUCGCAAUUUCACGCAUCUUUGCUCCAUUUUUCUCCUUUUCCUUUUCCUUUUCACUUCUCCUUACUAAAUUUCUAGCAUUGAU